AUGGAUAUUCCACAGCCCGGCGAGGGCGAUAUUAACAUCGGAACCGAUACGUUUAGAGCUUGUUGGGCACUGACAGGCUUUGUCGGUCUGUUGUUGAUUUUCAGACUGGGAAUGAAAGCAUGGGUACGAUGGGCACUACCACAGGUCUCUGCUCCAGACAGAAUUUGGGGUUUGGAAGAUAUGUUCUUCGUUUGUGGAUAUGCAGUUGAUCUCUUGCACAUGUCUUUGAUACAACACAGUUAUUACUGGGGUUUAGGUCGACACUUUUUCUACUUGACCCCGAAGGAGAGAAUUUCAGCAUUAAAAUGGGAUUACGCGUCUCAGCCCGCUGCUGUCGCCGCUGCCAUGAUAUCCCGGACAGGAAUGAUGUGGUUUCUCCUCUCAUGCUUUGCAAACAGCAACCGUCGUCUACGGAUAUCGAUUAUCAUUUGCAUGAUAAUCCAGAUUGCUGUCAACUCGAUAACCAUUGUUCAAAUCGUGGUACAAUGUGGGCCCAAUCCCUAUCGAACUGUUGAUCGAACUCGGUAUUUUCACUAUAUGUGGGAUCCCCUUCCGUCCGAUGGAUCGGUUGUAUGCCAAUCACCGACAGUGCAGACGACUAUCGGGUUUGUACAAGGAGGAUUCAACACCGUCAUCGACUUAUACCUUGGUGGACUUGCGGCUUUUGAACUCUGGCAGUUCUUCAUACAGACCCUGGAGCGGAAUCCUGGCGUCUCAUUUUGGAAACAGUUCAACAAGAUAAAUGGAACUGUACGAUCUCGUCGGAUGUGGCAGACCUUGACUCUUUCAGGGCCACUCUUUCUAUCCGGGGCAGCUUCAAUUGUCAAAACUUAUCUUCUAAAAUCUUUGGGUGACAGGGCCGAUUUCACUUAUAACAUUGUCUCUUUUGUCCUUUGGGUCAAGAUCGAAAACUAUAGUAUCCUAAUUGCGACAUGUGCCCCAGUCAUCCGCCUCUUCCUCCGAAGCUUUGUCGAUAUGCGACGCGAGGGAAGAUAUGGCGGAUAUCCAUGGAGUCGAUCACACUCAAGCAACAACGAUAACAACAACAGUGGUUCUGGCCAUGAGAGUAAGAACCGAUGGGGAAAGAAGUCCAAGUUACUAAACAUGACCAAAAAAACCCCUGUCCCAGACGAUUUGUUUGACUCUGUUAUUGAGAACGAAGGCGAACCUGAAAAACUGGUUGAUGACCAACACAACCACCAACGCCACCAUAACAACAACAUCAGACAAGAUGACCCUGCAUAUGGAAAUAGUAUACCAUUGAUGCCUCGCAGUAACAAGCCAUCCUCCAGCCGAACUCUGGCAAGCGGUGGCGUGACGGUCAAAACCGACAUUGUCGUCAAAGUCGACGAGGAAAGUCAUACUUCUCCAAGCGAGGCACCGAACUCAUUCGGUCGAGGCGAUGGAGAGCGAAUAGAACAGCAUACAUCGGCUUUUGCGGCGUGGCCGCAAACGGGUAGGUUUGAUAGUAAUGUCUGA